AUGGGUUGUGGGUCGUCCAGCCCCCAACAAACCGUGGCUACCAUGAAUAAACAUGACAGUACUCUCAAACACGCUGAGAACAACAACCACGAUCUAAAUCAUACGACAAAUAACGGCGUGUCAAAACAUACAGGAAACGGACGCCUGAUCGAAAAGGACCCUUUGGACGUUAGGCCUAAUAGUGGUAGCACGUACAGAGACAGCGGUAUCGACAGUGCAAAAACCACCGAUGACAGACGCAUGAACGGUCUCGACAGGGAACCGACGAUCGAUGUUAAAAAAUCCAUUGCCUAUGACAUUCCUUUGGAGGGAGAUACAGGAAGCCUUGUUAAAAGACAUCCACCGAAGAAAUUCCAGGUUUUGAGACCCAGGGAUACCAAUUUGACGGUUGAUAUGAUGGCUGACAAGCAGAAAGUCACUGAAAUUCGCAGACAGGAGGAAUUGCAAAAACGAGCAAAGAGUGCAAGACGUACAUCUAAAAGACGCAAAGAAAUAAUGGCAGCUAGAGAAUACGAAAAAGGACAUCAAGAACAACAAGAGAAGAUUCAACAAAUUUCUGAAAAGAUGGAAAUUGCAGAGAAACAAAGGGCAAGGGCACAGCAUGAAAAAAUAGCCAAACAGAAACUGAGAGAAGAAAAAGCGAGACAGGCUAGAGAGAGAGCAAAACGAAUAAAACAACUAAACAAUGAAGAACUUAAUUUUGAUUUGGAGAAAGACGACACUUUUAAUGCGAAUGAUGAUGUGGAUUCUUGGUUAGAUGGUUACAAUUCCAACCUUGCAGUUGACAGCAAUGUAGCCUCUGCUGUGUCGUCAACGUCAGAAAGAAUAUAUGAUGGCAGAAGCAGUCCGGUGAAACGUUACAACCCCUUAACAAGUGCUGAGGCACGCAAGCGUCAGCUAGAUCCCAUGGACGAUAACGAUGAGUUUGAGAUUGGCCAGGAUAACCAGUGGGCUCAGAAAAGUCGCCAGAAUGCAGGAAGUAUUACACCCACAAAUGAUAAUUUCUUUGAUUCAUGA